AUGAUCAAACCAAAGAAAGAGGAAGGUAGAGCUGGUACAGAUAUGUUGCAAGACCUUAGGAUUUAUCCCCCUUUUUCGGUCACCACUAAAGUGAAAUGUAUGAAUUGGGAACCUCCUGCAAUUAACAAGGGUGUUGAGGCCUUGGUGAUGUGCUGCUGUAUUUAUGGCGUUGGAGCAGGGUUCCCUACUGAUUUAGGGUCAUUUUUCAUUUUGCUGAUUUUUCUCUCUGCUGUGGGUCUUGUGCUCUGUUCAUGCGACUGUUCACGUGUAUGGCGUUUCUCUGCUGCUAUUGCUUUCUGUCCAGCUGGUCCUCUUCUGUUUGGAUCCUGUUCAGCUGGUCUGCUGGGGAGUGAUGGUGGCCUUUCUGCUUUUUCUGCGCCUUCAGCUGGAUUGCUCCCCAAUUUGCUGCUGUUUGCCACUGUUCACGUGACUGUGCACGUGAACAGUCAGGUUGCUGUCCCAGGUUUUUUUGGUUCUCUGCGGGCUCUUUAA